AUGGCUGCCAGAUUCCAGGUGGCUCGCAGCAGCGCUGCCUCCCGCAGGAUAUUGCAGCAGUUCCAUCCUCGCUUGGGUACUAGCUCGGCUUUUCAGACCCUGGGACCUCGCCGGAGGAUCAAUGUUGCGGAUUUUGAAGUGUCGGCCCUCGCCAUUGCCAUUCCGAAGCGUGCCUAUGCCACCGAGACGUCCAGCUCGAGGGGCUCAGGAGGCGAAGGCCCCCCUCCUGGUUUCAACAUUGAUCAAGCCAAAAAGCCAUUGACGAGAGACGAAAAUCAAAGCGCGCAGAAAGAGACCUCGCCAACGCCGACUGUCGAAGAAUUGAAGAACAGUGAGGCCCUGAGCCCGCCUACUGCCUCCCACCCUAGCGUGGUUGCACCCACGUCAGCGGCGACCAAUGCGUCGCUUUCGGAAUUGGCAGCUCAGAAAGAGAAGGCAGAAGGAAAAGACAGCAAGGUUGCCAAGGCUGAGGAGAACAAGAAGCUCACUCUGGGCCAGCGGGUCAUGAAGGAAGUUCGUCAUUAUUGGGACGGCACUAAGCUACUUGCUGCCGAGGUCAGAAUCUCCUCGAAGCUUGCUCUGAAAAUGGCCGCUGGGUACGAACUCAGCAGGAGAGAGAACAGACAGUUACAACGCACCGUCCAGGAUCUGGGUCGACUUGUACCCUUCUCCGCCUUCGUUAUUGUACCUUUCGCCGAAUUGCUUCUUCCAGUGGCACUGAAGCUGUUCCCCAAUCUGCUGCCAUCUACAUUUGAAGGCCAGAAGUCACGCGAAGAAAAGGCCGCCCGUCUCCGGGAAACACGCAAGGGCGUCUCGUCCUUCCUGAGAAACACACUCAGGGAGACCGGCUUGCCUAUAACUACUGCAUCUGCUAAGCGCUCCGAGUUCCAAGAGUUCUUCCGCAAGGUUCGAGCCACUGGCGAAGCCCCCACUAAGGAGGAUGUGAUCAAGGUCUGCAAGAUCUUCAAGGAUGAUCUAACUCUCGACAACUUGUCUCGACCUCAGCUAGUCGGUAUGUGCAAGUAUAUGAAUCUCAACACAUUCGGCACGGAUGCCAUGCUCCGAUAUCAAAUCCGGCAUCGCAUGAGGCAGACGAAGCGCGACGACAAGGCUAUCAGCUUCGAGGGCGUCGACUCAUUGUCUGUACCAGAACUCCAGAUGGCUUGUGCUUCGCGCGGCCUACGGACACACGGUAUGUCGCCAGGCAAGCUCCGAGAGGACCUCCAAAUGUGGCUGGAUUUGAGACUCAAGUACAACAUCCCUUCAACGCUUUUGGUCCUCUCAAAUGCCUACAUGUAUACUUCUGGCAAGGACUCCGAGAUUGAUUCGCAGAUCGAGGCACUACAGGCAGUAUUGUCGUCUAUCCCUGAAGAGCUGUUCCAUGAAAUCGAGCUCGAAGUCCACAACGCUGAAGGAGCUGCGACCAAUAAGCAGCGUCUGGAGGUUCUCAAGGAGCAACAAGAACUGAUUGAAGAAGAGACCAAGCAGGCCGAUGCAACCAAGAGCGAGGACGGUGCCAGCCGAGAGUCACCAAAGGACGACAAAGACAUCGAUGAAAACCCUAAGCAGGCUGCAGCGCCUGAGGCCAAGACCGCUGCUAGCGAGGCCGCCGAAGCCGAGCAAGAUGUCAGCGAGCAAGGCAAAGACGAAACAACGCAGGCGUCUGUGGAGGCCCAGAAGGCGCAGAUCAAGAAGGACUGA